CGUGGCUGCAUAGAGAGAAUUGAAUCCAUUUCCUCCUCAGCCAUCGCAUCCUUCUUACACAGCUGGCUGGGAGAGAUGUUGCUGUACAUCCCCGUGCUGCUGUUAGGCCUCUCGCAGCCCCUGCUGGGCUUCCUUGUUGAUUGGAAGAAGGUGGAAAGACUCGCUAAGGGCAGAGUUGAGUCCUGUGGAGGAUGACAGCUCAACAGGUUGCCAGAGGUGAAGGCCUUUGUUUCAGAGGAUCUCCCUCUUUACCACAACCUAGAAAUGAAGCAUAUCCCUGGAGCAGACCCUGAACUUGUAAUACUUAGUGCUAAAUAUGAAGAAUUGGAGCGCUAUCCACUAAGUGCCAUGAAGAGGAAGGAAAUUAACCAACUAAUGAAGAAUCUGGGGUUCUACAAGAAAGAAAGCCCGGGUGCUCCUGUCCCUCCAGAGUUUCAGUUGGCACCAGCAAGGAAACCGUCUGAUUCCAAAGAUGAUUUAUAGCCCUACUCUCUCUGCAACAACUUCUGUUUUCAAAAAAUAAAAUAAAACCUAAACUGCAAACUCCUCCCAAAAAGAAGAGAUUACCAGUUGCUGGAAAAGAAUUGAACUCAAGUAAUUAAUUGAGCAGUAAACAUUAGCAGGUACAAUCAUGUUGCUCUAGCCCUAUGCACAAGGACCAAUGCACAGACUAAAUAGUGUAUCAAUCAGUGUCAAGCAAUCGACAUUGAAGUUAUGUGUGUGAGCACUAGGAGAAUAAGGAAAACUAAAGCACUGUGCAUCAAUGACACACCUGACCCCUGGGGGAGCCCUACAUCAAUUUAAAAUUUAGGGAUGAAAUAGCUAAACUGUAAAAAUUCACUGAUUCUUUCAGUUUGGCCUUUAAUUUGAAAUUCCCUUUAAAUCACACUUUAGGAAGAGUUAAAAGAGUUAUUAACUUAAAGGAUCACUAUAGUGUCAGGAAAACAAACCCGUUUUCCUGACACUAUGUCAUCCUUGAGGACCCCCACCCUCAGGGUCCCCCUCCGGCUGGGCUGAAGGGGUUAAAACCCCUUCAGAAACUUACCUUAAUCCAGCUCCGGGCUCCCUCGGCGCUGGUAACCUCACGUGCCGCGCGCACAUUCAAAGUGUCCAUAGGAAAGCAUUUCUCAAUGCUUUCCUAUGGACGUUCUGCACACUGCAUGCUAAUUUAAUAUAAAUAAUAAUAUGCAAUAUGUCUCCAGCGUCGCAGAUGCGCCUCUAGUGGCUGUCCGGAAGACAGCCACUAGAGGCUGGCUUAACCCCAAAUGUAAACAUUGAAACUCUGAAAAUGUAAACUCUGAAACUGCUAUGUUUACAUCUGAAGGGUUAAAACCUGAGGGACCUGGCACCCAGACCACUUCAUUGAGCUGAAGUGGUCUGGGUGAUUAUAGUGUCCCUUUAAUUGUGAAUUGUCAGAAAUUCAUAAAUUGCAUACUUCAGUACAAAACUGUUAAACUAAAAAGGUAGUUGCUUUGUGAAACCAAUUUGGCCUGCAAUUUUAAAUUGUUUUUGAAUCCUCAUUAAUUUAUACUCCUAUAAAUAAAUAUUGUUUGAUAACUUAUUUACACACGUUGCCCAAAUUGUGGCCUGACUCAGCAUAGUUUUAACAUUUCCAAUUCAUUCAUGAAUUGUGUUAAAUUAGGAUUUCAUGUUACCGGCUUUAACUUUCACAAGGUUGCCUUGGCCCACACAUGUUAAAAAAAUGUGUCCACCUAAACUCUACAGCCAGGCCUCAGCUAUCGCUGGAAAUCUACUUAGACAAUGCUGAGAUAUCCAGUUGUCUUUGAAUUUGCUCAUACUAUUGAAAAAGUCUUGGACAAAUAAGAAAAAUUCUCAGCAAAAUUGUUUUGAUAAUUAACAUACUGCAUUGUAAAUUUGGUGAUUGUUGCAACACCUAAUGGCUAUGUUACAAAUACGGUGUCUCAGUGGAACCAGAACUGGAGCAGAAUGGAUAGACCAUUAAAGGCUUCCUCUGUGUGGGAUCACCACCUGCUGGCACUAGUUCGUCAUUGCAUAGUGUGUUUGUACGGGCUACUAAUUUUAUCCAUAGCUUUUAAAAGUAAUAAGAAGGUACUCAUUAAGGGAUUGCUAUACAUAUAUUAAUUCUACACAUCACAUCCAUAAAAUGAUCUUUAUCUAGCCUGCUCUAUCUUCCAGGACACAAAUGAAGGUCUCAGCUGAAAAGUUUCCUAGUUGAGAACUGAUGCAAACAAGUCUUGGAGCAAGGGAAGGUUAGGUUAGAUCAUUUCGUAAAUACAAAUGGAUUACAUACAUGAUGAUAAAGUAAUAAAAUUAUAGUUCAAAAAA